AUGCUGAAGGAGUUUCGGAUCUCCCUUUUUGUCUUUUUCCUGUUUGCCUGUGGAUUCCUGUAUGAAAUGACCAUGAAACCCAGAUGUUUCUUCUCCUGCACACCAGCAUAUAAGACAAUGAUGAGACCGGAGAACAUUUUGAGACAUAAAAGAAGCAUUGUAUUUCUGGAGACCACUGAUCGGCUGGAGCCUUCUCCUUUAGUUUCAUGUGCUGUUGAGUCUGCAGCUAGAAUAUAUCCUGAAAGAUCUAUUAUGUUUUUAAUGAAAGGACUGGAUAACAAUUCUACUCAUUUGCUCUUAAAUGCUACUUACCGAGGUUUUUCCCUCUUAUCAGCAAUUGAGAAUGUCUUCUUUUUCCCUCUUGAUAUGGAAACUUUGCUAAAGGAGACACCUCUUUCUUUAUGGUAUACUCAAGUCAAUUCCAGUGCAGAAAAGAGUUGGAUCCACAUCAGCUCAGAUGCUUGUAGACUUGCUUUCAUCUGGAAAUAUGGUGGAAUCUACAUGGACACUGAUAUAAUUUCCAUCAGACCCAUUCCAGAAGAUAAUUUUCUGGCAGCACAAGCUUCUAAAUUCUCUAGCAAUGGGGUUUUUGGGUUCCACCAUCAUCACUCUUUCAUUUGGGAUUGUAUGGAAAAUUUUAUUGAGCAUUAUAAUGGGGACAUUUGGGGCAACCAGGGUCCUGAACUAAUGACAAGAAUGCUGAAGCUAUCAUGUAAUCUUACAGAUUUUCAGGAGGUAAAAGACCUCAGGUGUCCAAAUUUAUCUUUUUUACAUCCCCAGAGAUUUUAUCCCAUUUCAUACCCAGAAUGGAAACGUUACUAUGAGGUCUGGGAUGUAGAACCAAGUUUCAAUGACUCCUAUGCCUUGCAUUUAUGGAACUACAUGAAUCAGGAAAAAAGGGCUGUAAUUCGAGGGAGCAACACAUUGGCAGAAAAUCUUUAUCGAAGGUACUGCCCCAUAACUUACAAAACUCUCAUUCAAGGCAAAGAGAGAAUAGAUCAAAGGGAAGCAAAAGGCACCCCACCCUCCAAAUAG